AUGUCGGAGUUAUACUCUACUCUUUUCUUUGGGGAUAACCCAGAAUUUGAGGAUUUUCUCGCUCAAGAUCUUGAGGGUUUCUUGGGGCAACUAGCAAGUUCCCAUGAGUCCUCCCGUGAUUUGCUCUUCCCGUUACUGGUUUUGAUGGGCGACGAAGAUGAUGCUUCGAUGAUGACAGAGUUAGCAACUGAUGAUGGUGAUCCACAGACACAGCCUGCGAAUGCCGAGUUCGUUGAACGGCUGGAGACGGUCAAAAUCGAAGAAUCGGGUUUGGAGUGUUCGAUUUGCUUGGAUCAAUUGUCGAUAGGGUCGGAAGGUAGGCGGUUGCCAUGCUCGCAUCUUUACCAUGGCAAUUGCAUCGAGGAGUGGCUGAAGAAGAGCAAGACAUGCCCUUUAUGUCGAGCGAGUUGA